AUGUCUUCCACCUCCAAAUCAAGGUGGACGUCUGUAUGGACGGCUUAUUUACCUUCGGUGUCUUUCGACGAGCUCGUGGAGCACGCCACCGAGGGAAGCAAAACUCUUGUCAAGACGUCUCUCUACUUUGCAGGUGAGGGCACCAAAGCCGCAUUUACAAGUCUCAAUGAGGCCAAACGGAGAGCGGAAAUCGUGGCGACAAACACAGUUCGUGAUCCGUCAAGCCUAACAGCAAGAUCAUUCAGAGAACUCAGCAAGCAAGACUCGGUGAUCGGAAAUCUGGCAGGCAGAGUCGUGCAAGAAUGCGACUGGGAAGAGCGGCAAACCGAGUGUCAGAACAUGGUGCCAGAUACAGAAGAGUGGGAGCGGCGGAAAAGGCUUUGUAGCGCCAUGAGUGAUGGAACAGUCAGUCCCGAGCAGCGCGUUGAAAUGGAGACGCUCCUCAGCGCAGAAGGCUCGCAAGUCUUGAAAGAUCUAGAGAACGGUCCUAGAACGAUGACGAAAUGUCGUACUAGACUUGAAGCGAAUGGUGUCCCCGUCGGCUCAUCGGCCUCGCGCAAUGCGUGCGGCGCUUGUCAACAAUUCUUUUCGAACAUGGAUCGCAUAAUUAGGGAUGAAUCCGACGUUUGGGAAGGACUCGAGGGUGAUCAUGGGACGGAGGAGAAGGGCCCUCAUUCGAGGAAUUUCAACGUGACCCAAGCAACAUUCGAGGAAGAUAUCCUGAUGCCUGGUCAGGAAUCAAGUCACGGAGACAGUUGUCAAAGAAGAGACAAGACAGAGGGGACACCGGCCCAGAUCGUUUCCUUCAUUGGUCAAACAGAAGUAAGACAAAAGUCAGCGACUGAUCGGUCUUGCUACGACUUUAGCUUAACCUUGAAGCCUUUGACAAAAAUGCAUGACGCAGACGCAGAUUCUCUCCGACAGUUUUACCAAAUGCUAAACUCCGCCCAAGGCAUCAGCUCGAGAUGGCGUCCGAAAAGUGGCGGUGGUCGUUCGAAUGUUUUGGUAUUGCCCAAGAAGAUCGGGUCAGGAGAUGAUGGCAACGGAAAAUGGAUGGAUGAUCUGAGGUGUUAUGCUGAGGGAAGGUCAGCAGUACCUGACAGCCGAGAAGGCUCUAUGUAG